AUGGAAGAUCUGCAUCCUCUCGAGCUCAUCGAUUUUUCAGAUGUUUUACGAAAUCACCCAGAAUAUGAAGCCUAUAUUGAAGACCAAAAACGUGAAGCGAAAGAGCGAAAUGAUCCUCUAUUAGAGCCUAAGCCAUUAUUUGAACUUCGCUGGACGAAUCGAGUUAUUGUGGAUAAUUUACCAGAAGUCUCAGCUGAAAAAGAAGAUCUUUUAAUAAAAGUUCUUGUAAAAGUGAUCAGUAAAGCUGUCGUUCCAAUUGAACCAAGCGCAGUAUAUAUGCCAAUGGUCGAUGGGAAAAGCCAAUGCUUUGCAUUUAUCACUUUUCCUGACGAAGAACUAGCGAAAACAGCAGUUGCCAAGUGUAAUGGACUGGCUUUUGACAAAAAGCACUCAUUGACUGUGGUGUCAUUCGAUGAGUUUGACAGGCUUAUGGAUACUCCUUCAGAAUAUGUGGAGCCUAGAGUUUUCUCACAAAAAGAACUAAAAAGCUGGCUCACAGACCGCCGAUCCAGAGACCAAUUCGUAAUCCGCCAUGAUGAAUUUACAAAGGUGUUUUGGAACGACUCCAUCUCAUUAACCCCAGAUCUCAUUACAGCUGGUCCUUCAGACAAAGUUUGGACUGACAAAUAUGUAAAAUGGUCAAGUCAAGGCACUUACCUCGCCACUUUGCAUCAGCGCGGCAUUGUCCUUUGGGGAGGACCAAACUUCGAAGAAAUUAUGAGGCUUUCCCAUUACGGAGUCAGCCAGAUUGAAUUUUCCCCAUGCGAACGAUAUUUAAUGACUUACUCCUCAGGGCCUUCAGGACAAUUUAUUCAUUGGAGCUUAGAAAAAGGAGAAGAAAUCAGAACUUUCCAAGCAAACGACGAGCCUUGGGGGACUUAUCUAUACAGCUAUAAUGGAGAAUUUGUUGCGAAAAAAGGAAAUGAGAUGAUUAGUGUUUAUAACUCAGAAACCAUGGCUAUGAUAGAAGAUAACGAAGGCAAAAAAGCUCCAAUUGCAAUACCGCAGCUUGCUGAAUUUUCAUGGAGCACUGGGGAUAAUAUAAUUUCUCUUCAUAUAAGAGAAAGUGAAGCUAAACCAGCACAAGUAAGACUAUUAGCAGUGCCAAGCAGAGAACUGAUUGCUACUAGAAUGGUUUAUGAAGCCCUUGGGUUUUAUUCAUUUUGGCAGAAUAAUGGAGAAUUCUUGGUCUCGAUGGUCACCACAAAGCAUAGGAAUAACCCGAAGCCUAAAAACAGUAUCAUUGAAAUUUUCUACAUGAAAAAGAGAGGAAUACCAGUUGAGUCUUUAAAUUUGGACUUUGUGGUUAGCAAUUUCUCUUGGGAACCUAACAGUAAUCGCUUCGCCUUAAUUUAUUCUGGAGCCCAUUCAGCAAAAACUCUAGUUGUUUAUGAAGUCGGCAAGGAAAAAAUGGAAACUAAAAAAAUUGACCAAUGUGACACAAAAUGCUCAACUAUUGCUUGGGCACCACAAGGUGGGCAUUUAGUGACUUAUAGCUUUGCAGCAAAAAAUAACACUGAAGGCAGGAUUGAAUUUUUCUGUGUGAAAAAUCAAACUUUAUAUGCUUUUUAAGUUUUAUGAUAGCUUUAAAACUGAAUAGAAAUAUAUGAUUUUCAUAGAAAUUGGCCAAUGCUUGCAAGGGCUUAACUCAUUUAUUGCAUGAAAAAUAAUAUCAAAUUGAAGAAAGAGUUCACAUGAACAUGAAUUAUUUAGAAUGGGAUCCAAGUGGCAGAUAUAUUUCUGUAGGAAGCUUACAAGGAAUUCAACAGAGAGCUACACAACAACAAGGCUCUGGCUACGUGAUUUUCACUUGCCAAGGCUCAGACGUAACUCAGGCCGCAUUAGAAAAGUUCUAUCAGUUUUCAUGGAGACCAAGACCAAAAUCAAUCCUUGACCCACAAAUUUAUGAUAAAAUCGUCAACCAAUUAGAUGAACUUGCAGCAAAAUAUGAGGAAGAAGACAGGCAGGUGAAACGAGCUGCUAGAGAAGAACAAAAAGCAAAAGAAAUGAAAAUGAAAGACGAGUUCUUUUCUCAAAUACAUAUUUAUAGAGAAAAAUGGAUUAAUACUCGUGAUGAAAGAGCACAGAUAUUGAAGAGGACUGAUGAGGAAGAAAUAAAUAGGUGGUUUGAAAAGGUUGAGCCAGUUGAAGAAAUUUUGUCUGUUAAGAAAGAAAUCACUAGAUAA